AUGUUUGAUGCUCCUAGUUUAAUACUGGAGGCUCAGUCGCCUUUGGACAAUGUGAGAAAGUCAUCAGAAGAACGAUUACUGCAGAUGUGCGAUGAGGAUUCAAGUCAAGUAUUUGUACAGUUUGUUCAAGUAGCUGCUGAUACUCAACAGGAGCUGCCGUCUAGACAGUUUGCCUUGCUCACUCUGAGGAAGCUGGUUACCAUGUACUGGACACCCGGUUUUGAAUCUUUUCGAGGUACUAGUACCGUGAAGUUAGAAGCUAGAGGAAUGAUAAGAGACGUUCUAUUGCAGUUAUGCUUAGACGAACAUCAACCUAGUAAGAUUAGAAAUGGUGCAUCAUAUGCUGUAGUUCAGAUAUCAGCAGUAGAUUUCCCAGAUCAAUGGCCUGAAUUGCUCAAUAUAGUAUACAAUGCAAUCAUGAAGAGCCAUUCGUUAGCUGCCAUGAAGCUUUUAAAUGAAAUAUAUGAUGAUGUUAUCUCUGAAGAGAUGUUCUUCGAAGAAGGUAUUGGAUUUGAGACGUUAAAAAUUGUUUUUCAUGUGAUGAAUAGCUAUGAUGCCAAUUGGGAGGCUAAAGUAGCCGCUUUAAACCUACUGCACUGUUGUAUUUUACAGAUGUCUACGGUAAACGGGAGCUCUACGACAAAGAGGAAAGAAUUGACAGUAGAAGCCUGUAAGGAAAUUUUACAGAUGUGGGUAAAUUUUCUAACGACCCAAAAUAAAACCAUAUCAGAGACUUUGCAACUAAUGGCAGGUGCCAAAAUCUACCAAGGUUUAACUUUGUUAAAGAACGAAUUCUCCAAAAAAAUUGUGGCACCCGAUAUGUAUCAUCAGUUUAGAACCAUAGUCAUGAGAGAUUUGGAGAAUGCAUCUCAGAUUUACAUGCAGAUGGUGGAAAAUUCCUCACAAGAUCAACUGGAUGCUAUAAACGAAUAUGCGGUCAAUAUUUUAGAAUUUUUGUCAUCAUUAUGUGAUGUAAGAUUCACCGAAGAGGAACUACAAACAGUGCUGAGAUGUUUGAGCAGACUGUGUUGUUUGAAUCAAGAUACUGUUGAUAGUUGGCAAACUGAUUUCAACAGUUUUGUGUCUAAAGAAACUGGAUUAGUAGCUUCUUUCACAAUCCGUGACCAAGCUGCUGAACUGUUGUCCUCAUUUGACUCUCAAGACUAUGCAACAGUUUUGGUGUUACUUGUGCACGAAAUAAGUCAAAUUUCGGACUUUAGCGACGGGUGGAUAUUUAAUGAGUCUUUGCUGUACCUGCUACAAUCUCUGUUACUCAACGAAGCAAAUUCAUUAGAAUUCAUGGAUGCUGUGACACGUAUUUUUACGAAAUUACAAUCAAUUUUGGAAAAAUCCUUGUCCUGCGUUUUUGUUAAUUGUAGAAUAAUUUUAUUGAUUCCAAAACUAUUAGAAAAAAUCAUGGAUUCUUUUCCAAAUGUAAGGGAUCUUGUUCAGAAUUUUUUGUUCCUUUCAUUGGACUUUGCACUUUCUCAAGACAAUGAAUUAAUUAAAUCUGCUACACUGAUUUCUUUUACGUAUUACUCGUAUUUCGCAGAACUACCCUCUGUUCUAGGUCCUGAUAAUUGUAUUCAAGUACAACAAAAAACCUUAAAACUCAUUGCUCAGCUGUACCCAGAGGCAGAAGAUGAUACUGACGGUGUCCUCAUGGAGGUUCUUGACAACGUUAUAGACUGUAAUUCGGAGAAUGUUGAUGAUACUAGUUCCAUUAUACAAACCGAAUUCCAUCUGGUGUUUACCAUUUCUUCCAAGGAUCCAUCUAAUAUCCAAACUACUAUAGAAUUACAGGAAUGCUUAGGUAAGCUCUUAAAAAAUGUUGAUGUCAAGACGUUUAUCACUUUUUGGGAAAUAUGUUUUCCACCAAUGGUUAAUGUGAUGAUCGGAAGCGCGCACUCUUCUUUUGAAUAUUCGCCUUUACUAUCAUUAACUUUACAAGUAUUGGGAGUUCUUAUGAAAAGGAAACCUCUGGAUCCUACUCUUUCGAUCACAAUUUGUAAUGAUGUAUUCGAACCUCUCCAGAAUAUUCUCAACCAAUCCAAGGACGAAGAGAUUUUACAGUAUGCGACAGAGGCACUGGGCUAUUUGAUUUACAAUACAGAAGCAGAAGUGAUUUUACCUCAUUUGAAGUCAAUUGUGAAUAUUUUGGAUGCACUGCUUUCCCCAGGUGUACCUGACCAAGCUGCCACACAUGUUGGGUCCCUCACAGUUACUAUCUUUUCCAAAUUUUCCAACGAGAUCCAAAACUUAAUACCGAUGAUCUUACAAGCAGCAGCUGCGAGACUGGGCCAAGCUACCAAUAUUACCACUACCCAAAAUUUGUUAUCUGUCUUUUGCUUUGUUACAUCUGCUGAUGCCCAACAGACUGUAGAUUUCCUCUUCAACACUACCAUCUCGAAUCAGAAUGGAUUGAAUCUAGUGAUGUCCAAAUGGUUAGAAUCCUUUGACGUGGUUAGAGGUGAAAAAAGGACAAAGGAAAAUAUCAUUACACUAAGCAAACUGUUUUUCUUGAACGAUCAACGUUUGAACUCGAUGCAAGUCAAUGGUGACUUGAUUCCUUAUGAAAGUGACAUUAUUAUAACUAGAUCAAUGGCUAAAGAAAUGCCUGACAGAUACACUCAAGUUUCUGUUUAUCAUAAGAUCAUUAAACUUUUCACGAGCGAAUUGGAAUUUCAAGGCAAGCAUCAGGAUCCACAAUUACUCAUGGCGGGAACCUACGGUAUCGAGACGAACACUGAGGAGAAUCAAGAUGAUGAUGAUAAUGAUGAUUGGGAAGAUGUAGAAGGUCCUUUAGAGUACGAAAGGUUACAACACUACGUGGAAGAAGAUGAAACAGAUGAUAGAGGCGAGGAACUAGAUGAGCAGUGUCUUGCCGAUAACCUGGACUCUAGAAGCGUUCACCAACUAUUAGUUGAUUUUUUCAAAGAAGUGGCCGCCAAAAAUAUUAGCGGCUUUCAAUCGAUAUACGAACAGUUAUCAGACAAUGAAAAGCAAAUCCUCUCUGAAAACCUUUUGUAA